CGGCGCGCUCGCGGGCAGUCCCCGCGCGGGCUGGGCCGGCGUCCCCUCACCCUCGCUCGCCCGCGUCGCGCCGGGCCCCCGGGGGAUGCCCCCGGCCGGGUCUCCCCAUGGCCGCCGACGUCUUCAUGUGCUCCCCGCGCCGGCCCAGCAGCCGGGGCCGCCCGGUGCUGCUCAAGCCCCCGGUGCCUGAGGACGACGACGAUUCCGACACGGACGAGCCGUCCCCACCGCCCGCCUCCGGCGCGUCCACCCCGGCCCGGGCCCACGCGAGCGCCGCGCCGCCGCCGUCCCGGGCCGGGCCGGGCCGCGAAGAGCCUCCGCGCCGCCAGCAGAUCAUUCACAGCGGCCACUUCAUGGUGUCGUCGCCGCACCGCGAGCACCCGCCCAAGAAGGGCUACGAUUUCGACACCGUCAACAAGCAGACGUGCCAGACCUACAGCUUCGGCAAGACCAGCUCCUGCCACCUGUCCAUCGACGCCUCGCUCACCAAGCUCUUCGAGUGCAUGACCCUGGCCUACAGUGGGAAGUUGGUGUCUCCAAAGUGGAAGAAUUUUAAGGGCCUGAAGCUCCAGUGGAGAGACAAGAUCCGGCUCAACAAUGCCAUCUGGCGGGCCUGGUACAUGCAGUACUUGGAGAAGCGCCAGAAUCCUGUGUGCCACUUUGUCACCCCACUGGACGGCUCUGUGGAAGUCGAUGAGCACCGCCGGCCUGAGGCCAUCACCACAGAAGGGAAGUACUGGAAAAGCCGCAUCGAGAUCGUGAUUCGGGAGUAUCACAAGUGGAGAACCUACUUCAAGAAAAGGUUACAGCAGCACAGGGAUGAGGACCUCUCCAGCCUGGCCCAGGAUGAUGACAUGCUUUAUUGGCACAAACAUGGGGAUGGAUGGAAGACCCCAGUCCCCAUGGAGGAGGACCCACUGCUGGACACAGACAUGCUCAUGUCAGAAUUCAGCGACACACUCUUCUCCACGCUCUCCUCACACCAGCCGGUGGCCUGGCCCAACCCACGGGAAAUAGCACAUCUGGGAAAUGCGGACAUGAUUCAGCCGGGGCUGAUUCCGUUGCAGCCCAAUCUGGACUUCAUGGACACGUUUGAACCUUUCCAGGAACUCUUCUCUUCCAGCCGCUCCAUUUUCGGGUCCAUGCUGCCUGCACCUGUCUCAGUACCUGCGCCAGAUUCCAACAGCCCACCUGCUCAGGAGAACCCCCUGCCAACCACUGCCCUCCCCACCGUGAGCCUUCCUGACAGCCUCAUUGCGCCGCCUGGAGCAGCCAGUGCCCUGGACUCCACAGACAGGCCGGGCUGUGAACACGCUGGCCGGCCCGAGGACCCCUUUGUCCAGCCCGCAGACUUUGGUCCCUCGGCACCGCCGCUGAGUGUCCCACAGCCUUUCCUUCCCGUCUUCACCAUGCCCAUGCUCUCUCCCAGUCACACCCCGGCGCCAGCCUCCCCAGCUGUACCGCUCGUCCCUCCUCCUACCACUGCCCUGAACCCCCCAACUCCACCUGCCUUCCUGCAGCCACAGAAGUUUGCUGGAGUCAGCAAGUCGCCAGCUGUCAUCACCCACACGGCCUCCGCCACUGUCACGCACGAUGCCUCUGCCACCACCUUCAGCCAGAGCCAGGGCCUCGUCAUCACCACCCGCCAUCCCACCCCCUCACUUUCCCCCUGCGGCCUGGCUCUGUCUCCAGUCACCCGGCCACCAGCCGUGGGGCCUCCCCAACCCCGUUUAACUUUUGUGCACCCCAAACCUGUAUCCUUGACUGGAGGGAGGCCCAAGCAGCCCCCUAAAAUAGUGCCUGCUCCCAAACCAGAGCCUGUGUCCUUGGUACUGAAGAAUGCUUGCAUCGCCCCAGCUGCUGCCUUUGCAGGACAAGCACAAGCAGUAAUUAUGACAGGCCCUCUGAAGACAGAAGGGAUGUUGGCCUCUACCGUGUCCCCGUCCAACGUGGUCCUCACGCCUGCUGCCAUCGCCAGGGCUCCUGGAGUUACGGAGUUCCACAGUGGCAUCCUGGUGACAGACCUCGGCCACGCCACGAGCAGCCAGCCCACGCCCGUCUCCCGGCUCUUCUCUCCAAGCACAGUGCCGGAGUCCCUGGUGAAGGGCGAGCAGGCCCCGGUGCCCGGGGGCAGCCCCCAGGUCCCUGCAGGUGCCAGUCGAGACGGCCCGACCUCAGGGCAGGCGUCCCCGUGUGCAUCCGAACACAGCCCCAGUCCUCAGUCUCCCCAGAACAACUGCUCAGGGAAAUACUCCACGGACCCCAAAAACGUGGCUGUUUUAAAGAACCGGCAGAUGAAGCACAUUUCAGCCGAGCAGAAAAGGCGCUUCAACAUCAAGAUGGGUUUCGACACCCUGAACAGUUUGAUCUCCAACAACUCCAAGUUGACCAGCCACGCCAUCACGCUGCAGAAGACGGUGGAGCACAUCACCAAGCUGCAGCAGGAGCGCAGCCAGGUGCAGGAGGAAGCGCGGCGUCUGCGGGACGAGAUCGAGGAGCUCAACGCCACCAUCAUCUCCUGCCAGCAGCUGCUCCCGGCCACCGGUGUCCCCAUCACCCGGCGCCAGUUCGAUCACAUGACAGACAUGUUUGACGAAUAUGUGAAGAGCCGGACCCUGCAGAACUGGAAGUUCUGGAUUUUCAGUGUCAUCAUCAAGCCGCUGUUUGAGUCCUUCAAGGGGAUGGUGUCCACCAACAGCCUGGAAGAGCUGCACCGGACAGCACUGUCCUGGCUGGACCAGCACUGCUCCCUGCCCAUCCUCAGGCCGACGGUGCUGAACACCCUGCGGCAUCUGAGUACCAGCACCUCCAUCCUCACAGACCCGUCCCGGCUGCCAGAGCAGGCUGCGGAGGCCGUCACCAGGAUUGGCAAGAGAUCGGGGGAGUCUUAGCAGCACUCAGUGGGCACGUGGCCACACGAGAUGCCCUGGGGACCUCUCCCUGCCCGUGGACAGGUGGCCACACCUCUGCUGACGCGGAGCCCCAGGGCCUCCCUCCGACUCUGCGGGCCCACUGGCCGCUGGGGCACUGUACUCAGGACUGAAGCAGGGUCGGUCCCGCCAACAGCAAUAGCCCGUCUUGGGGACCCCUUGCUGUAAACCCUCACUCAGCAACCUCAGUCACAACCUCUCCUGCCCUUGGGGCAGCCCAGACGGAACGCUGCCGCUGCGGCCCUGGUCUGCUGGUGGCCCCUGGCACCAGUGUGGGGAGUAGCUGGGGCAGCAGGAGGCAACACUGCUCCUGGAGUUGGAAAACUGAAGGGUCCCUUCCGGUUCACGUCUGUCGUAUCCUGGGCAGUUGUACUGCUCUGGCCCGCCCGUGGGGACUUGGAAGGCAUCUUUCUUCCUCCCCAGACUCUGACUUUGUAGAUAGACUUGGACAACUGCUCAGGCUUAUGCACGGUCAGCUGCUUGGGGAGCCUCAGAACGCACGUGUGCGAAAGCAGGGGCUGUGAGUGCACACGGGAUGAGAAGGAAAGCACAAACAAUGCAAAGCUGCCACUCGCUGGGAAACCCUCCGGGGCGGUGUCCUCAUCCAAUAGAUUUAGGUCCCAUUGGCGUGACUUGAGAAUUACGGUGGGGACUCAGCCCAGGGCCUUGCCAGGCAUCAGCUCACAGCAUGGCCCUUCCACCUUCUCCACCUGCUUCCACGCUCAGCCUCGGACAAGCCAGCAGUAUCUAAAGGACACACACAGCCCUUAGGGUGUGGCAUUUGAAAGGCCAGACUCCACGGUGCUGCCAUUGUUCACCCGAGAGCCCCAAACCAUCAGAGUUCUCGGACCAAAGACGUCUGCACACCCAAAGUCUGUCCCGUCCUGUGUUUGGAGGAAGAAACCGAAUGUUGACAGGCAGAACUCCAGGGAGGCCAGCCUCCCUGUGCGUCGGCAUCGCCCAGAUCAGACAGCGAAGCAUACCCACGGAGCCGACGGGGCGGGGGACGUGUGGGGGCAGCGGGCUGUUUCUGAACGUGGGACUUGUAGUGGGGGGGGGGGGGGCGGGGGGAAGGCACAGCCGGAGAGUGUCCAGGCCCUGUCCUCGCCGGAUCUGCUGGAGGAGCUGCGGGUGGAAGGGCAAACUAACACUCAGGAAGCCCCGCCAAGAGCACCUCCUGCAAAGAAAGUGCUCUUGUCGUCCUGCUGUGAAGUUCAGAGGGCCAGCUGGCUGUCCCCUAGCCUCCCUGCCAGACAUGGAGACAAGACAGCAGUGCUGGGCAGACCGGGAGUCUUUGAGGGGGCCCGGGAGCCAUGUGGGGGGGAACCAUCGCUACCUCCUGAAGUUCCCAUCCAUGCAGAGGCCACCCCUGGUUGCUGGAGGCCCAGGGAAGGUCGUCAGAAGGCGGCCAGCCCUGCCUCAGCCUGGGUGAAGGAGCAUGGAUGAGGGUUCUCCCGCUGCUGGCCGUGCCACCGUCUCCGUUGCAGGGCACUGACCCGUCGCCUGCAGUCUGGUCCGUGCUUCCAUCCCGUACGAGAGCAGAGUGGCGGCACCCCUCAGCCUCCCCAGAAAACGUGUUUACAAGCCUCCCGGAUCUCUUUCCAAGGGGUGAGCACAAGAUGAGGCUGGGCUGGUCCUUAACUCCCCCUGGGACGUGGCGAGAGAACCCACCUUUGCCCCCAGGGUAAACGGGAAGCCCCCUUCCAAAGGGGGCGACCACCGUGGUAAGAGCCCCAGGAGAGUCAAAGGGAAAAAGUAAAACGUGAACCGUCCCCAGCUCUGAGUGCUCGUGGAGGGUCGGGAGCUUGGCUCCUGCCCCAGAUCCUGUGCCUUUAUAAACCGCUAGGUGGCCACAGUGCUUGGCCCGGCCUAAACCUCUCCUAAAUCCAUAGCUUUCUCCCACCCACCUCUUGCUGGGAGUCCUUUUUUAAAAACUCCAUGGGAUAUAAAAUUGGCCUAUUGCUUCUUUGGCCUACCUCUCCCUCUCUCCUUUUUGCUGAAUUAAUGUUCGUGAUUCUGUUUUGUUCGAUAUUUAAGGCUGUUAGGUUGUAUGUGACUUUGAAGGGUGUGUGUGUGUCUGUGUGUGUCUGU